CGCCGCUCCCGGGAAGAUGGCGCUGCACUUUCAGAGUUUGGCUGAAUUGGAAGUAUUAUGUACUCACCUUUACGUAGGGACUGAUCUUACACAAAGGAUAGAGGCUGAGAAAGCCCUUCUGGAACUUAUCGACAGCCCAGAAUGCCUCAGCAAGUGUCAACUUUUACUAGAACAAGGAACAACAUCCUAUGCUCAGCUCCUUGCAGCAACGUGUCUUUCAAAACUUGUUAGUCGAGACUGUCCUUUACCUGUUGAACAGAGGAUAGAUAUCCGAAACUACAUCCUGAAUUAUGUGGCAUCCCAACCCAGGCUGGCUCCCUUUGUCAUCCAAGCUCUUGUUCAAGUCAUUGCUAAAAUCACUAAGUUGGGAUGGUUUGAGGUUGAGAAAGAUCAUUUUGUUUUCAGAGAAAUUAUUGCUGAUGUGAAGAAGUUUCUACAGGGUACUGUGGAACACUGCAUAAUAGGAGUAAUGAUCCUUUCAGAAUUGACUCAGGAAAUGAACCUGGUUGAUUAUUCUAGACCUUCAGCAAAACACAGGAAAAUAUCUACCUCAUUUCGUGACACUUCUCUCAAAGACAUUUUAAUGCUAGCAUGCUCCCUUUUAAAAGAGGUGUUGGCUAAGCCUUUAAAUCUUCAGGAUCAGUGUCAACAAAAUCUUGUAAUGCAGGUUUUGAAACUGGUCCUUAACUGCCUUAACUUUGACUUCAUUGGCAGUGCAGCAGACGAAUCUGCAGAUGAUCUUUGCACAGUGCAGAUUCCAACUACUUGGAGAACAACUUUCCUAGAACCAGAAAUAUUGGAUCUUUUCUUCAAUUUGUAUCAUUCACUUCCACCUCUACUGUCUCAAUUAGCACUUUCAUGUUUAGUUCAGUUUGCUUCUACAAGAAGGUCCUUAUUUAGCAGUCCUGAACGUGCCAAGUACCUUGGUAAUUUAAUUAAAGGAGUAAAAAGGAUACUUGAAAACCCUCAGGGUUUGUCUGAUCCAGGUAAUUAUCAUGAGUUCUGUCGAUUUUUGGCCCGUUUAAAAACAAAUUAUCAGCUGGGAGAAUUAGUUAUAGUGAAGGAGUAUCCUGAAGUUAUCAGAUUGAUAGCUAAUUUUACCAUUACUAGCCUCCAGCAUUGGGAAUUUGCUCCCAACAGUGUUCAUUAUUUAUUAACUCUGUGGCGAAGGAUGGUAGCAUCGGUUCCCUUCGUGAAAUCAACUGAACCCCAUCUAUUAGACACUUAUGCACCAGAAAUCACGAAGGCCUUUAUCACUUCUCGGUUGGAAUCUGUUGCCAUAGUCGUGAGAGAUAAUUUAGAUGAUCCACUGGAUGAUACUGCUACUGUGUUCCAGCAGCUUGAGCAGUUGUUCACUGUCAGCAGAUGUGAAUAUGAAAAGACAUGCACUCUUCUUGUACAGUUGUUUGACCAAAAUGCACAGAAUUACCAAAAACUUCUACACUCAGCUUCUGGUAGAACUGUGGAUAUGGCAAUUCAGGAAGGACGUCUUGCAUGGCUGGUAUACUUAGUUGGUACAGUUGUAGGAGGAAGAUUAACAUAUACCAGUACAGAUGAACAUGAUGCUAUGGAUGGAGAAUUAUCCUGUCGAGUUUUUCAGCUUAUAUCUUUAAUGGAUACCAGAUUGCCUCAGUGUUCUAAUGAGAAAAUAGAGCUUGCAAUUCUGUGGUUCUUGGAUCAGUUUCGUAAAACGUAUGUUGGUGAUCAACUGCAAAGAACCUCAAAGGUAUAUGCACGUAUGUCAGAAGUCUUAGGAAUAACAGAUGACAACCAUGUUCUAGAAACAUUCAUGACGAAAAUUGUUACAAACCUUAAAUACUGGGGAAGAUGUGAACCUGUAAUUUCAAGGACUCUUCAGUUCCUAAAUGACCUUUCUGUUGGCUAUAUCCUUUUAAAAAAACUUGUGAAGAUAGAUGCUGUGAAAUUCAUGCUAAAAAACCACACGAGUGAACACUUCCCCUUUCUUGGCAUCAGUGACAGUUACAGUCUCAGUGACUUCAGGUGCCGAACCACCUUCUACACAGCCCUCACUCGCCUUCUGAUGGUAGAUCUAGGGGAAGAUGAGGACGAAUUUGAGAAUUUCAUGCUGCCUCUUACAGUCUCUUUUGAAACGGUAUUACAUAUAUUCAACAACAACUUCAAACAAGAAGAUGUAAAGCGUAUGUUGAUCGGGCUGGCAAGAGAUCUUCAAGGGAUUGCCUUUGCGCUGAACACAAAGACCAGCUACACCAUGCUGUUUGACUGGAUGUACCCAACAUAUCUUCCCAUUCUUCAAAGGGCUGUUGAGCGGUGGUAUGGAGAGCCAGUGUGUACAACUCCCAUCUUAAAACUUAUGGCAGAACUGAUGCAAAACAGAUCCCAGCGUUUGAAUUUUGAUGUAUCAUCUCCGAAUGGAAUUCUUCUCUUCAGAGAAGCUAGUAAAAUGAUUUGUACUUAUGGUAAUCAGAUCCUGUCCCUUGGGAGCCUCUCAAAAGAUCAGAUUUAUCCAGUGAAACUCAAGGGCAUCUCCAUCUGCUAUUCGGCUCUCAAAUCUGCCUUGUGUGGAAAUUAUGUCAGCUUUGGCGUCUUCAAGUUGUAUGGGGACAACCAUUUUGACAAUGUACUCCAGGCCUUUGUCAAAAUGCUGCUGUCAGUGUCUCACAGUGACUUGCUACAAUAUCGGAAAUUGAGCCAGUCUUUUUACCCACUCCUGGAAUGUCUCACCCAGGACCACAUGAGCUUCAUCACCAACUUAGAGCCUCCAGUACUCCUGUAUGUUCUCACGUCUAUCUCAGAGGGACUCACAACUCUUGAUACAGUUGUUUUCUCCAGCUGCUGUACCAGUUUAGACUACAUUGUCACCUACCUCUUCAAGCACAUAGCGAAAGAGGGCAAGAAGCCACUUCGAUGCAGAGAGGCUACCCAAGCCGGUCAGAGACUAUUACACUUUAUGCAGCAAAACCCAGAUGUCUUGCAGCAGAUGAUGUCAGUCCUCAUGAACACCAUCAUCUUCGAAGACUGUCAGAACCAGUGGUCAGUGUCCAGGCCUCUCCUGGGGCUCAUCCUGCUCAACGAGAAGUAUUUCAGUGAACUGAGGGCAAGUCUGAUCAACAGCCAACCUCUCCCCAAGCAGGAGGUUCUUGCCCAGUGCUUCAGGAACCUGAUGGAAGGAGUGGAACAGAACCUGUCCAUCAAGAACAGAGACAGGUUCACCCAGAACCUGUCAGUCUUCAGAAGAGAUGUGGCAGAGGCCCUGCGCAGUGAUGGCAGCACCGAGCUGGGCAGUCUGGACAUGAUGAGCUGACCCAGCUCCUCUCACCCUUAUCAAGGGACUCUUGUAGGUCUGGGUCCCAGGACAGUGGCUUUGGCUAGCCCAGGGGAAUCUAUUUUUUGAAACAAACAAACCACAACAACAACAAAACAAACAAAAAAGCUACCUUUUUGUAAGUCUGGCAUAAUUGUAAAAAUUUAAAUAACACAAUGUAAACUCAUUCUUCGCGCUGAAAAAGGAAAAGGCGUGUUUUCAGUCUUUCAAAUAUCAUUGCCUUUUUGUUCUUGUAACACUCUGAAGGGAUAUAGAAACAGUAUUUAACCAAAGAACAUAAUAAGCCAGGUUUGCAGCUAAGUGUGUACUAGUUAAUGGAUCUGUGAUCAGGGUUGUGAAUUUGUUGGAGAUGCAUCCUUCAACACAGACCCUGGAUUGAGACAAAUGCCGUUUGAACCUGUUAAAUUGGUCGUUUUUAUGAGCCUGGAAUAAGCAGCACUAGGGACCCUAAGCUGUGGGCAUUUAGAAGGAGCCUGGGAGCUCUACAAAGCAUCCCACAGGACGGCACGCAGGCUGCUCUGCCUUAGCAGCAUCUGAUAAAGUUGAGAGACGGUAACUCAAUUAAAUGACUUACAAACAAUGUUUGCUUUUCACUGGCAUAAAUCUGAAGUGGUGCAGUCUAGAAGAAUUAAGCCAUGCAAUUACUUCCUGCAGAGAUACCUCUUCAGAAGGGGUCAAGUAGCCCCAGUAGAAAGUUCUGGGUGGUGCCUGCACCUUGUCCUUCUGCCUCCAUUUAAUUUUAAGAGAAGCUAAAGGUAUCUAAUUCAACUAUAAUGUUUGAAGAAUCUCUUCUUUUUUGGGCCACCCAAAACAAGUCUAGGUGCUAAAGUUCAGAGUCAUAGUGAUAGAAAUUUUCAAAGAGUGAAGAAAAGCUGGUUUCCAUCCCUCCACAACAACUCAUUACUGUUGAGAUUGUGGUAGAAGAUGCAAUCUAAUGACUUAACCCAAAUCCAGAACAUGAAGGAGGCCUUUACAGUUUGUAAUAUACUACAACUGGACUAUUAAUUUGAGAUUGCCACUGUCAAAUGGUUUUUGUAUCUCAUGUCUCUGUCUUCAUGGUCCAGGCUUGUAAUAAGUAUUGUGCCCGUUAUUUCUGAUAAGACAUGAAAGGUUGGCCUUACUGUUGAACAAGAAGUAACACGGGCUUCUGUUAUCUUGUUUCUCAUACUAGUGUUUUCUGAAACCUUUCUUGAUAGUUUUGCAACAGGCUUGUCAUAUAAAAGCCAUCAUCCAAGUUUAUCUCAAAAUGUUUGUCUUCCAUGUGUGAGCCCAGGAAUCAGGAAAUACUGUGUUCCAGGUGGGAUCACUUCUGGUAUUUAAUGGAUAAGUAAGGCCUUGGCCUUACACUGUAUUUCAUGAGGAGGCAGAAAAUAAUUUUCCUUGAGAAAGCAAAUUCUGAACUCUACAUAACAUCAACUGUUCCCAGAAGUUUGACAUGAGAAUUUCUGUUUCUCAUGGGCUGAUUACUGUACACUCAUCCCACAAAAAAAAUGCUUCCUAUUCUGGCACUGUUUUUUUUGCAGAAGUCUAGGACCUAAAAGCUUC